AUUUUUAAAUAGGAGAAGAAGAUCUGUGGUCGCGCGAUACUCAGCGUGAGUUGGUUUGUUUCCUUUGUGUCGCGCGGGAGCAGCUAACAGCUAACAGCUAAUCUGUGUUAAAGCCGGUGUGUUAGCUUAGCAUCAGCACAACAUCCACCCGAAGAUCCACAUCAGACACAAACUCACCUGCCUCAGACAGUGAUCAACCUGUGACGUCACCAUGGCGCUUCGAAGAGGACACAUCAGGUACCUGAAGGUGUGCGAGGUUCAGUCAUCCCAGAGUGACGUCAGGGACGCUCAGCUCGCCGCCAAAGGAGCCGUUGUGAAGGAGUUGUACGACAAUGGCUUCAGUGACCAGAUGAUGGAGGAUGAAGACGCUCGUACGAACCUGAUCGUGAACUACCUGCCGCAGAGCAUGAGCCAGGAGGAGUUGCGGAGUUUGUUCAGCAGCGUCGGCGACGUAGAGUCCGCCAAACUCAUAAGGGACAAAGUGGCAGGCCACAGUUUAGGUUACGGCUUUGUUAACUUUGUUAACCCUAGUGAUGCAGAGAGGGCUAUCAGUACCCUCAAUGGCCUGAGGCUACAGUCUAAAACUAUCAAGGUUUCGUUCGCGCGGCCGAGUUCGGACAUGAUCAAAGAUGCAAAUCUGUACAUCAGCGGCCUGCCAAGGACACUGAGUCAGCCAGAGCUUGAGGACAUGUUCACUCGCUUCGGACGCAUCAUAAACUCCAGAGUUCUGGUGGACCAGGCGUCAGGUUUGUCUAGGGGUGUGGCCUUUAUCCGUUUUGAUAAGCGAUCUGAGGCUGAAGACGCUGUCAAACACCUGAAUGGAAACACACCCCCUGGGAGCUCUGAGCCAAUCACGGUCAAGUUUGCUGCCAACCCCAAUCAGGCCAGGAACUCGCAGAUGAUGUCACAGAUGUACCAUGGCCAAUCACGGCGCUUUGGAGGACCUGUCCAUCAUCAGGCGCAGAGGUUCAGGUUUUCUCCAAUGAGUGUGGACCACAUGAGUGGAGGGGGGGGGGUUUCCGGGAAUGCAUCCUCUGGUUGGUGCAUAUUCAUCUAUAACUUGGGUCAGGACGUCGAUGAGGCCAUCCUGUGGCAGAUGUUUGGGCCGUUUGGUGCCGUUGUCAACGUGAAGGUGAUCCGGGAUUUCAACACAAACAAGUGCAAAGGCUUUGGCUUCGUUACCAUGACGAACUAUGAGGAGGCUGCCAUGGCGAUCCACAGCCUGAACGGGUAUCGACUGGGAGACAAAGUCCUGCAGGUGUCGUUCAAGACCAGCAAGGGACACAAGUAG